ACGAAGCCAUGUCGCUAACGUCUCUCCCCCAGGAGCUCCUGCUCCUGAUUGCAGAUCCCUUUCUAUCAGAGAAAGAUCUGAACGCCGUGUCUCGUACCGCCCGCGUCCUAUAUGGGUCCCUCAAUUCACUUCUCUACCACCAACACGUCCAACAAUCUCACGGUCGGAAUGCUUUGAUCUACGCCGCACAAACCGGGCAUACCGCGACGAUCCAUCACCUUCGUGCCGCUGCAGCUUCCUUGAAAGCUUUCACGACUGCUCUGGAGCCUAAUGACGCCGAUGAUCUGCCCACCCUCGACCCAGACGGGCGCGACCCGCAUUUCCAACUUUCGCCACUCGCCUGGGCUGCGAUCCACGGCCACGUCUGAGUAGCGGAGCUUCUACUGGAUAUGGGGGCGUCAGUUGAUCUGGAGACUGUAAUGAAACGAACCGCGCUCUCUCAUGCAGCGGAAAAUGGUUACGUGGACGUCGUUAGGCUGCUUCUCAGCCAUGGUGCAAGUCCCCAUCUACAGGAUCAGGUGGUUUAUAGAACCCCGCUGAUGUGGGCGGGCUCCCCUCGUCUCAUGAUAACCUCGAUGCCAGUGUCAGUUCCACCACCACAAACAUACCAACGACCGAGCUGGCUGGUAGAAUUGCUCACCUCUCUUGUGAAGAAUGGCGAGCCAUUACCUCGGGACAAGAUGCCAAUGAAAGAUAAGCCCGUGGGGCGUCAGAUAGGUGCUACAUAUAUCUGGAUUUACUCCAAUGAGAAUGGGAAAAGGGCAGGGCUUCCGGGAAGGGUACAAUGGUCUGCCGGAGCAGCAUAUGAGGAUAUUCUUGACCUCCUGCUCGAGUAUGGAGCGGACCUCGAGACAACUAGUCAAAUUGAUGGCACAGCCCUGACCCUCGCAGCUGCGUGUGGGCAUGAACCCAUCGUGCAGGCCCUGCUCGCCCGGGGGGCAUCCCUGUCGCCCAGCUCCUCCCAUGCUUCGCCGAUACUCGGUGCUCUAAGCGGAGGACAUGUCGACGUGAUGCGGCUUCUACUUGAUCGGGGUGCCAGAGUUGGGAGCGUCACCCAAUCAAAGUUAAAUCCGGUGGCGGAUGCCGUGUACAAGGGAAACGACACUCUCGUGAGGCUUCUCCUCUCUGCGGUAAGGGAAAGCGAGCUGGAAGACUACCCUGCCCCUUUUUGGACCCCAAUGUAUCGAGCUGCGCGCAUUGGCAAUAUCCGCAUCAUGGAGGUACUUCUGGAAUGGCAUACAAGUCUCUGGCCUACUGUCUCCAUAGACCUUGCGGAUUUGCUGUUCACUGCGGUACAGCACAAUCGUGAGGACAUGGUCGCAUUCCUUCUGGACGCGGGGGCCCCAGUCAACCAGCGAUCCAUAUACCCGCACAUGUUCGCCGAUGGGAAGACCCACAUCCACGUGGCAGCGUCCGGUGGACAUCAAGGGAUCAUGAGACAGCUUCUGGCCCAGAGAGACUUGGAUAUUAAUGCCCAAGACAGUUUAGGAUGGACGGGCUUGACGUGGGCUUCCAAAAAUUGCAACGAAGAAAUGAUCCAGCUGCUCCUAGAGCACGGGGCAGAUCCGGCAUUCAUGUGUGUCAAGGAUUCGAAACCUUCCAGACCAACUAGAAUGGUGUGUGGUACUUCUUGGAUGUCGCCCUCUCCUCGUCGCGAGUGGUUAAUCUCAUUCCGGCCAGUGGAUGAUUAA